AUGAUUUCAACAAUCGGCACAACAACAAUUCAAGCCGCGAACGGCGGGACUCUGUCCACAACAACAGCACCAAACUCGUUAGUCAUGAAUCCUACGUCAAUGUUAGUAGAGAUGAAAAACUUCAUUCCUUCUUCAUAUACUUUCGAAACAAAAAUCCAGAAGAUAAAGCAAGAACUUUUAACAAGUAAUUUAGACUGUAGUGCGAAAGAUGAAGAAAAUGAAGAAUAUCUUUAUGAAAUGGAGGACCUCAUCGACCAUUUACCUAAACUACCUGAAAUUCAGCAUCAAAAACUAACUAUUCCUGAAUUCGACGAAAUUGAAGUCAAAGCAACUGACUCAGUAGAAAUAAAGAAGUUCAUACGUAAAGUAAAUUAUGAAUUCCUUGGUUUUCAUUGCAACCAUAAGGUUAUGGACAAAGAUUGCGACAUGGUAUAUAAAAACAUUUCUGACAUAUAUAAAUCUGAGGAGUUUAAGACUUACGAUAACUUUGUUUCAUUAGUUGCAAAAUGUGUUUGGGAAAUAAGAGAUAAAGAUAGAAGAGGCAAAGUAUGGAACGAACAACUAAGACCCGCUAUGUUUGAGAUGAAGAGAGCAAUUGACGCUUUAGUUGUUCUAGCAG